AUGGCCGAAGCUGAACUCUUAUCAGCUGAACAUGCAGGAUACACGAUUACGUGGCGAAACAUCGCCUUGGACAUUGAUGUCGGUGGCAUAUUCUCCCAAAAGAGAACCAUCAGAACACUCAAAGGAUCAACUGGUUAUAUGAAGCCCGGAGAGUCUUUGGCAGUAAUUGGACCAUCCGGUGCCGGAAAGACCACAUUGAUGGAUAUUCUUGCCAGUCAAAAGACAUUGGGCCGCAUUUCUGGUGAACUCCUUGUAAACGGAGCAGCUCCGGAUGUGUUCUUCAAGAAACGUGCAGGUUACAUCUUUGUGAACAUGGCUCACAUUCCAACCAUGACUGUCAGAGAAACGCUUAUGUUUGCUGCUGAAUGUCGAAUGCCACGUGGCUCUACUCACGCUGAAAUUGUUGCCCGUGUCGACGAGGUUUUGGAAUCGCUGAAAAUGACUGGUGCUCAACAUACACCAGUCGGUGAUGAAUUGAUUCGUGGUGUCUCCUCCGGUGAAAAGAAGCGUACUGAAGUCGGUAUUGAAAUGGUUGCCAAGCCAAAAGUCCUCUUCUUUGACGAGCCAACAUCUGGUCUUGAUGACUUUGGUGCUCGUUUCACAAUGGAACUUGUACUGAGUUACGUUAAAUCUGAGAACGUCUCUGUCGCAGUAGUCAUUCACCAACCUGCCGAUGCCGUCUUCAAGCUCUUUGACAAUGUAAUUCUCAUUGGUGGCGGAGGUCGAAUCUGUUACUUUGGUCCAACCACACACUGUGAUCAAUACUUUACUGAAUUCGGCUUCCCAUGUCCCCCUCUCAUGAACCCCAUCGAACACUAUGUCGACAUAAUCGCAGCUGAUACCGUUGGUGCAUCCGAAUACUAUGAAAAAUCUGCUUUAUAUGCUGCAAACGAUGUUGAAGAACGCCGAUUAGCUCAAGCAUCCUACAGCGCAGUCUCUCACUCAACCCAUAUUGUCGAACGAUCUACAUGGGACCAGUUUAAAUUAUUGACCACACGUGUAUUGCUGAGAUAUCAAAGAAAUCCUUCAACUUCAUGGGGUCGUUUUGGGCUUUUCAUGUGCUUUGCCCUCUUCUUUGGUGGCAUUUUCUACCAAAUACCUCACACUUCCUUUUACCUAACUGCCAUCACUAACGGUGUGGGUACCUUUGGUUUCCUAUCCAACUUUGUCGCCAUCGCUUCCGUGCCACAAUUUAUGGAGGAUCGUGAACUGUACAUUCAAGAGUUCAGCGCCGCUUUCUACACUCUACUUCCAUACUACCUGACAUACUUUGUCGUUGAGGGUGUGCUUACUACUAUCAUCAGCACCAUUUUGUUCGUCAUUGUCUACUUUAUGCAAGGAAUGCCUUCGGAGAAGUUUGGUAUCGUAUACGGCAUGAUGUUCCUCGGAAUGUGGCUCUCAACAGCUGUCGCUCAAGGAAUGUCUGCUUGGUGCAAGACCUUAAUUCAAGCAUAUACUGUAUUGUGGGCUUCCAAUCUGAUCUUCUUUGCCUUCUCUGGUGCUGUUGCUCCUUUGGCUGCCCUAAGUAACGGGCUUAAAUGGCUUACAGAUGUCAACUACUGGAGAUGGAGCUUCCAAUAUGUACUCUAUAAUAUUGAGUUCGAUUUGCCCGUCGAAUGUGUGGAUGCAUUCCCAUUCGGCUCCAUCAUACCCAUCUAUGCCGGUCUGUACGAAGGUGGUGACGCUAGUGGUUUAGUCUCCAACGCUUCCAACACUGCUGCAGUUACGGCAGUUAGCGGGUACCUCACCGAGAUUGCUGGCAUACAGCAAUUGUUAGCAACCAACCCUCCUGCUGACGUUGCUACCGAAUUGAAUGGCGCAAUUACCGCUUUGCAAACACAGCUAUCCACAACCGCACUUGGUGGUGCUGCCAUUCUCACAAAUGCCACGCUCAUGGCCAACCUACAAACCAGCAACACGAACUUCGGUUCCACCAGUGCCGUGGUUGCCGCUGCUACAUCGAAUGCCACAAAGGCAUACUUCCCACCUAUUGAAGACAUUUGUGUUUACAACACUCAAACUUUCUUGGGUGCCUUCAAGAGUAUAGAGAAGGACUGCAUAGCUUGUGGUAACAUCGCGUAUGUCGCUAACUCGGCACUUUUGGUCUUUUUCGUCUUUUUCUCGUACUUUGGUCUCUGGUUCUCUAGACGAUACAGAAAACGAUAA